CCUAUUUUAGUACAAUCAAAAUUUGGUAAUUCUCUAUGUAAUGAAUCCAAUCAGUCAUUAUCGAACUUCAGUGGUUUAAAGCCAUCAAUACUAAGACCAUCCCAAUUAAGUACGAUCACUAUUACACCUGGACCAUCAACAAAGUCGCCCUCAGAUUCUCAGCAGAGUCAAAGUUCUCCUACAAAAAUCUCAGAAAAGGCAGUAUUAGAAAAAGAUAAUUCUACAGAUGAAAAUGGUACAAGUGCAGAUGAACAAGUUGAUAUAGAACAUAGUAAUACUGAAAAUAAUAAAAAAGAGAGUGCUAAAGUUGCAGCGCCCAAAUUUUUGCCUCUUGCUACUAAUAAUCCUAAAGAAAACAAUUCUAUCUGUAAUACUAUAGGAACAGUAAACAAUUUAACAACGAGUUUUGUUUUUGGUCAAAAUAUUAAAGAUCGCGUGACAGUAGGAAAAAAUAACGAUAGUUCUGAAGUUGAAAGUAAAAAAUGUACAAAAGAAGAUUCAAUCAAAGCGAAUAAAUCUUCGGAAUUACUAUUUUCCAAUGCUGCUGCUGUUUGUGGUAGUACCACAAAAUCUGGAUUAACAUUAUCACAAGCUGCACAUGAAGUAGAAGAAGCUAAUCGAGCUAGUAAGAGAAAAUACAAUCAAGUUAUACUAUUAACAGGUGAAGAGGAAGAAGUUAAUAUUCUUCAAAUCAAUUGCAAACUUUUUACGUUCGAUAAAGGGACAGGUGGUUGGAAAGAAAGAGGACGAGGCAUUCUUAGACUUAAUGAUCGAGAUGAAGAAUCGCGACUUGUAGGACGUGCGACUGGUACUCAAAGACUUAUUCUUAAUACCAAAAUUUGGCCAGAAAUGACUGCUGAGCGUGCUGGACCCAAAUCCCUUAGAUUAACUGCUAUGGACAUUCAUGGUGAUAUAAGAAUUUUUAUAGUCCAAGCGGCACCUGCAGAAGUUGAUCAGCUCUAUAAUCUACUUUUACAACGACUUGAACGUGCCAAAGAAAAUCAACCGAAAAAAUUUGCUGCUGAUCAUUGA